AUGGUGGUGAUGGUGGUGGCGGUGGUGAUGGGAGGGGGGGUUGAUGGUGGUGGUGGUGGUGGUGGUGCGCGUUUCGGGUGUGCGUGGGGUGGUGGUUGGAGGGAGAAUGGUGUUGUCGUGGUUGGCCUCGCUCUUGCCUCUCCUCCCUUUCUCCCCCCUUUUCCCUCUCUUUGUUUCCCCUCGACCCGCCUUUUCGAUAUGCUCCGUCUGCCCGUGGCUCGUCUCGGCUCCUCUACGAUCAUCUGCAACAACUGCAAGAUGCCCGGCCACAUCGCACGCGAGUGCACCAACCUCGCCGUCUGCAACAACUGCGGCGCUCCAGGCCACAUCGCGUCGGCGUGCACGUCGGAGGUGGUGUGUCGCAACUGCAAGCAGCCGGGGCACAUCGCAGCGGACUGCACCAACGAGGCCGUCUGCCGCAACUGCGGCAAGCCCGGCCACAUCGCCGUCGGCUGCACUGUCGGCGCCGUCCCCAAGUCGCAGUUGUGCAGCAACUGCUUCAAGCCGGGCCACUCGUCAGCGGAGUGUGGCAACGAGAUGGCGUGCAACAACUGCCGUCAGACAGGCCACAAGGCGCGCGAGUGCCCCAACGCGCCCGUUUGCAACGUCUGCGGCGUCGCGGGCCACUUUGCCCGCAACUGCCCCUCCGGGGCCGGCGGCGGCGGCGGUGGCGGUGGCGGCGGCGGGUUUGGUGGCGACGGGUUUGGCGGCGGUGGUUAUGGGGGCGGGGGAGGGGCCACCUGCCACGCGUGCGGACUUCCAGGGCAUAUUGCACGUAACUGCCCCAACGCUGGUGGUGUGGUGGCGUACCGCGGAGGAGGCGGCCGGGGUGGAGAAUUGUGCCACUCUUGCCAGCAACCGGGGCACUUCGCAAGGGAGUGUCCG